AUGAAGAAGAUCUGGGCCAGGAAGGAUAAAGCAAGACCAUUGGAUGAAACCUCUGAUCUUGGAAACGGAGAAGUUUCUGAUGCGGCACAGUAUAGAUCAUUACACAGGUUGUCGUCAACGCGAUCACUGGCUUCUUUUGUUCGCUCUGACAACUCGCGUCGCAGGUUAGACCAGCCGUUUAAAUUGCUCAAUGGUGAUCUAGAGGAUGACAAUGUAUCUCUGAUUCAAGAAAAAGAUGAAGAUAAAGAUUUGGGCUCGCUAGAUCAACGUACUAAGGGGACUUCAUUGGGAGGGACGACUCUCAGUUCCAACACCAACACGCCAAACCCCAAAUUCUACAAGUCAUCUUCUUUUUCAUCUAGCAGUUCGCAUCUUGCAAAUUCAUUGAAGCGGAAUAAAGCAUCUACUGAAAAGUUGGCUGAUCAAAGCGAGAUUUCCAGAGGCAGUCUGAACUCUCUGGUGCAGCCUCAAUGGGACGGGGACUUGAUCAAGGUCGGUUGGUUGAACCGGUCUUCAUCUGGAAAUGAUGAAAAUGGUGAUAACAUGAGACUCUGUCGAGCAGAGGUUAGGGGAUCCUUUUUGUCGGUGUACAAACCUCCUCCAGAGCUUGCCUCAAUAAAGGCUCUCAAGCUUUCCCGAGCAGGGGAUCAGGAUUCAGAAAACGGCUUGAAGGGGAAGGAAAGCUCAGAACGCAAGGACAACAACGCCUCAGAACGUAGCGUGGUCGAGGAUUCUGAGCCCCUUUUGAAUCAUGCCGUAUCCUCUGACAGUCUUUCUGUGGAUGGGAGCAGUCUCACUACGCUGAACAUGCAAAGUCGAUCCAACCGUUCUCCUUCGACUAACAAGAGCGUGUCGAUAUCUUUGAACUCGGAAGCCAGUUCUGUUUUCCUGACUUAUUUUAGUUCGGGUUUUCCUCAUCCUGAUGUGACAUUUGACAGUCGGACAGGGACAAUUCUCAACUCUACCUUGGAAGGGUUGUGCCACUCCAUAUUAUUCAACACCUAUGAGAGUGAAUCCGAAGAUGGCGACGCCGACCUUUUGAGUAAGAACUUAUUGGGAAUAUUGCCAUUAUUUGAUGACAUACUCCUCGCCAUCAAGUAUUUCGUGGUCUAUUCGGACACUUUCACGAAGAGCAAACCCAGAGAUGACAAUCGCACUCUGAUGGACGAAGACGUCAGACAGGUGAUCACAUCAACCGAGAAUGCCGCUAUUCUGGCCAGACGGUUGAUGCUUGUGGUGACAUACAUCAGAGACACGUUCUCAGGUGCCUUACUUGAAGAUGCCAUAUUCAAGGCCAUUUGGGACCUGAUGUUAUCAAUCGACUCUCACCAAAAUAGCGAUGAACUCAAAAAAUCGAUACAUCGCAAGCAGCAGCAGCUGUUACGGCUCAGUGAUGGGCCUCUUACAGAAUCUGUUAACGCGUUUAGUGGUGACUACUUCAUGGGUUGCGAUCCGGUCUUGAUGGCGCAUUCGAUACGAUCCAUACAUCUUGAAUACCGAAACACAUGGAGCCCGCAGUCAGACCCCUCGCUUUUGAUGGAAUCGAACAAUGAGAAUCAUCCUUACCAUCGCAAGAACCCUCUAGUUUUCAGCUUUGACAAGGACAUUCAUUACGUUAGUGAGUUACUUACGCAGCAUCUUUUUGUUGAUGUGGUGUAUAGUAAAUCGGCUGCGAAGAGAGCAAAGAUACUCACCAGAUGGAUCGAAGUUGCCUCGGCAUUAGACAGUAUUGGUGAUAUGGUGGGUUGGCUGGCUAUUGCCACAGCUGUAUGUUCUCUUCCGGUCUUGCGAUUGAAAGAAACGUGGGCUUUGGUUGACGCCAACAUUAUCGACGACCUAUCAGCAAACUGGUCUCCUGUUGUUUCCGAACUAGACCGCCGUUCUCUUAUCAACGCUCAUAGCCAUAGAUCCACCUAUCAUGUGAUUGUUCCUCAAGGCAUGGGAACAUCCUACCCUAAGGAGAGCGUGAUUCCACAUUUUGGUGAUCUGUUGAUCAAGAAGGCUUCACCGGUGUCGGUUCAACAAUGUGAGAAACGGCGAAGAAGGCUUGAUGUUUCUUUCCAGAAAUGGGAGGAAUAUUGGGCUAGCAUAUCCAAUUCUGAGCCUUUAAGAGUGAUUAUUGAACCUGAAUCUCCAGCAAUUGUGAAACAGCUCAAAGCAAUGCUGAAGCUUCACUCUUCCAAAGAGCCUUCCAACAUCGAAAGAGUGAUGACUUUAUCUUUACAAGUUGAGCCAUCAUUUGCAGGUCAGUUCCACGAGUUCCAUAAUACCUCGAGAAGUCCUUUGUUUCUUGGUUCCUACGCCUCAGUGAUCUUCCCUUCCCCGUUGGAUAAGUACCAGAUAUAUGACCAGAGUGCAUUGAUAGGUGCCAUAGGUGGAAACGAAAAUUCAAAGAGUAUUGCCGUUUAUGACAACUCUCUGUCGAACCAGUCAAACGUUGUCAAGUCCGACGAGAAUAAGGAUGUGCUUGCUCCAGCUGCAGGUUAUCUUGGAAGGACCCAAUUCCUGAAAAGCAUAAGAGAUCUUUUCAACAUUGGAUCCUCUGACUUCCAUGUUGGCGACGAAAUCGUUUUCAAGACCAUGUCAGACGCGGAGGCUCUCAAUGACCUCCAGGACAAUGAGAAGGAGAAUGAGCGCGAAAACUUACGUAGCGGAACAACGCAUGUGAGAGGACUGGAAGGCGUUGAUGGCACGUCUAAACGUGACUCCCUGUCAACUAUGAGGUCCAGGUCCCGCCCUUCUAGUAUCCUCUUUACUGAGUCCAUCAAUACGAAGAGAUUCAGUAGUUACUCUUCCAGUGGGUUGAAUUUGGAUGACAUUGGUAUGCUCAAUCUGACAUCCAGCAAACGUCAAGCGGAGCCUCACUCUGUGGAGAUUUUGACAAAGUCUGCCACAUUGGAUCGUCUGAUAGAUCUUCUAGUUUUGACAUCUUCGAUAUUUGCGGCAGAAAUCAAGAAAGACGAUGUCAUACCAUAUUUGAGCUCAGACGUUGUUUCUAAUGUGGUGAACUUGCGCAUGGACAAUGGUGUAUAUACAGUGACAUUCUUUGCCACAUAUCGUGGGUUUUGUUCUACAUCGUCUCUUCUCAAAGGACUGAUGGCGCGUUUUGUGGGUGCCCAGUCUGCUGCUCAAUCGAUAUCUCUGAGAAAGAGUAUCUCAGGAGCGUUCAAAAUGAGUGGCUAUCCUCAAUGGCAGUCUAAAAGAGACGCCAAGUCGGAUGUGAUCAUUCAGAAGUACACCUUGCAAAUUAGAAUCGGUGUUUUGGAGGCCUUGCUGAUUUUAGUGAGAGACCAUUUUGACCACUUUGCAAGUGACUUGGAGGCGAAGAGGAUCUUCACAGAGGUUUUGAGAAUCAUCGAUCAUGAAGCUGUGCUUUCGUCGAGAAAUUUCUUGGAUCAAAGCGGAGGUAAAAGUGAGGAUUCUGUUCAAGUUGAACUGUAUCACGAGAAGAUACUAUUGCUCUAUAAGAAGCUAAGGCGCUCAUAUAUCAGGCAGUCCUACAAACCGCUUCUUCCCUCCGUUGCCAUACCCCAGUUUCCUGAGAGCUCUUCUAUUGUGCCGUUGGAUGCUCUACUGUCUGACAAUAGUUCGAAAAUCAAAGGGUUCAUCUCAAGCAUUGACUCAAUUAUUCAUGAAGUGUUCAUUCAAGCGUCCACAAAUGAUUGGCUGGAUACAUUUGAUGCUUUGGAGAUGCAGGCAACCUACUCCCUGACCGGUCUAUCUCAGUAUCAAAUGCAGAAGCUUAAAGUUCCAGAGGAUGAACUGGCCAUAUCGAACGUAUUUUCUUGGAUAUCCUCGUUGGUGGCGAUCAAAGGUGCAGACAGAGUCAAAGUCUUGAACGUUCUGCCUUCGUCUGUGAGGUCAAUUAUUGACCUCUACUCGAAGCUGAAGACAUAUUUUAGUCUGCAAUUGUGUGACCCCAAUAUCACUAGAGAUGAAAGAGUAAAGAGAAUGAGGGCAGCAUUGUUAAUGUUGACGGUAACCAGAUCCAGAAUGAAGGUACUGGAUCUCUUCGACCCCGAGGAUGCUCAAGAGAUUGGCGUAUCUCCACAUGUCCCUUCACUCCUGGAAUCUGUGAUCGUUAACACCAUCAUAAGCCCCGAGUCUAGGCUGUUUGCGCAUUCAUGGGUCGCAGCCGCGGAAUCGUUCAAUGGAGGAGAAUAUCUAACUGCGGUUGGAUCACUGCAAGAUCUUUUGCCGGCUGAAAUCCCUACAGAAUUCACUAGUGGAUCCACACUGACGGCAUGUCCUGGUUGGCUAUUGGAGAGGCUGGUUGAGAUUGCAUAUUACAUACCUAAUAUGUCAGUGGAGAAUACGAAUCUCAUCAACUUUGACAAGAGGAGAUUUGCAUAUAAUUGUGUGUCCAAUAUCGUUGAUAUGGUUGCACUGCAAAAUAGAGACUAUUCGGAUGAUACUGUUGACUUUUCGUUUGUUUUCGGAUUGAACCCCGAGGGAUAUGGCAAAAAAUUGUUAGUUGAGGCUGCUUCCCGAGAGUCGAAGGAGUACAUCAAGGAGGGGGCAUAUAAAUAUAUCAGAUUGUUUGGAACAUUGCUGGAUGAAGAGCUGAAGAUUCUUUCAAGAGAGCAUGCGAAGAAGGUAUUUUUGAGCAAGCAAGAAGUCGAAAAAGACCGCCUUGGACGUCAAAUGAGCACUUAUAGGCCGGUCAGGCCAGCGAAGGUAACUCCUCAAAUUUCAUCUUCAACAACUCUUGCCAGUACGCUGAGAAAGAAGAGCACAGUUUCAACUCCAACCAACAACAAGUUUAGGUUUUCGGGGCUCAUUAGUCGUGCUGCAAAGCCUUUUACGUUUGGGUCUACGAACCCCGAACAAGUCGUCACAAUAGACGAGCUUCCUGAUGCUGCGGACUUUUCUGAUAUCAAGCAAAAGCCUUUCCUCCAUGUAUGUCUGAAGAACCAUCUUGUGUUCCCGGUGUACCAUAUUCCCUCGUCAUUCAAGAUUACCAGUGCUAAUUCCGAUAUCACUUAUCUGUUCCAAGCAAUUGAUGAGAAGGACAGAGAAGACUGGAUCACCAAGAGCAGCUAUUCUGCUAAGCACUGGUUUUUCUCCAAAGCCUUGGUUGCACAUGCCCCUCCAACACAAGUUUUUGGAGUCCCGCUGGAGUACAUUUGCGUGAGAGAAGGAUCUCUAGUUCCACUUGUUCUGGAGAAGCUCAUGACAGAGAUAGAGAUGAGGGGUUUGGAGGAGGUUGGUAUCUAUAGGAAGAGUGCUUCGCUGACGGUAUUGAACUCUAUCAAGGCUGAGAUUGAUGCCCAUGGUGACCUGAGCAUGGAGAAUCAUCUGGUAUUGGAUAUCAACAACGCUGCCGCAUGUAUCAAAGUAUUUUUGAGGGAGCUUCCAGAUCCACUUGUUCCUGAUGAACUGGUGGUUCGGUUUGCCGAAGCGAGAAAGCGCAUAUCUGAUGUCGACGAGAAGUGUUUCUCCUACACACGAAUCCUUGAGUCUCUUCCUUUCCAUAACUACCAGUUUUUGAAGCGACUUAUCAGUCAUCUGAGAAAAGUGGACGAGUACAAGGAGUUCAGCAAGAUGAAUGCCUCGAAUCUCGCGACGAUUUUAGGUGCUACCUUCACUGAGGGCUCUGGCCCAGACAUAACCAGGCAAUACUUUGGAGUGAUGAGUUUCGUUUGCGAGGAUAUGAUAAACCAUUACGAAGCCAUUUUCAAGGUUUAA